CCGACGGUCGUCGAAUACGCCGAAUAAUAUCCGCGUCGCUUCGAUAACUUCAUAAUAAUAUAUUAUUUACGAUAUUAUAUUAAUUAUUAUACAUAUACCUAAGUUAUUUCCGUUAUCGAGCACAUAAUAAUAUAAUAUUAUCAUACCUGCGACUUAUCGUAGUCGUUUGUUGAACGAUAUUAAAUUAUUAUAUAAAAAAAAAAAAAACUGUAGGUCCGAAUGAUAUCGUGCACGACCCGCGACCAAACACAGACCGCCGACGACUGACAUCGCUCCCUGUGUUGUAGCAGUGAUACGAUCCCGGAAUUCUACACACGACAUCCACAUCAGCAACAGGUCGUGGCGGUUAUUAUGGAUCUCACAUACUUGGUCGUURCCGUAUUCGGAAUGUGCGUCUUGCGGCCGUGCAGUUCGCUGCCUGCAGUCGCCACCGCCGCCACUGCCGCCACUGCUCCUACGCCUACCCCGUCAUCGCCGCCAUCGCUGCAGGUCGCCGCCGCUAUACCGGCAAACCGCAAUGACAAAAGGUCCAGGUCGCUGUUCCAGUCACCGCCGCCGGCUCCGCAUCAGUACCAUCUCCACGGCGGCGGCGCGGUCGAUCUGUACGACGAAGUGAUGGACGACUUGCCGUAUUACUUGCAACACCAACAGCAGCACCAGCAACAGUUGUCGCUGCAGGAUGCGACCGACGAGGACGAGCUGAGGACCGCCGACGACAACAACGCCGUCGAUCACGAUAUGCGGCUGUCGAGCCGGGCGCGACCGGCCAAGCCCGACUCGCCCGUGUACUUUAUCCGCUUACCGCCGCAACCGUACAUGUACGUGCCCGGUUACGGUUACGUCAGCCAACCGACCCGGUUGGAACCGCCGCCGUUCACGCAGCGGCCACACUCGCCGUUCUUGAAUCUACCACUGAGCUACGUUUCCAACGCUAAGCCCGUGGGCGUCUAUACGCUGCCGCAACAGCACCACAACCAGCAGCACAAUCAGUACCAGCACCACCAACAGCAGGCCCAGCAGCAUUUGCCGGGCAGGCCGCAGAAACCGAACAGACGUCCGCAACCGACGUCCACGCCACCUCCGCCACCGCCACCGCCACCGCCACCACAGCAACAGCAACCGGAUUCGCCGAUCUACCAUUUGGACAAAGGCCCGUACGUGUUUAACGGCCGUCCGUCAGACGUGUUCCUGUUGCAGAGCGCGUACGACAAUUUGUACUCGGAAGUGCUACAAAACAUUUACCCGUAAACGACCGUCGCACAAUUUAUUAUAGACGAUAAACACAAUAUUAUUAUUAUAUAAUAUUCUGUAAUUUAUUAUAAUUAUAAUUAUUAUUAUUAUUAUUAUUAUUAUUAGUUAUCGAUCACGACACCGACCGUCGUCGUGAUCGCCAAAAAAGACUAUCCAUUCGCGUGAUCUUACGAAUCAAAAACAUAAAAUAAAAUAAUAUAUUUAUUUAUCUUAUAAGAGAUGCGAACGCGGCCGCUGAUGUAAAUAUACUUAAUCGAAUGACAACGCGUAUUUUAUGUUUAUUAUUAUUUUCUUAUAUAUUAUGUAUUGUUAUUAUAUAUUUAUUCGAAUAUUUG